UUAUGUAGCAAGUUUCCUAUUGGCUCCAGUGCUGACAGACGCGAUAACUCGAGAGCAAAACUCACUCCUGCACAGAGACAAACAUCUUUACAGAAGACAUGCUAUUCGUCACAACACGAGCAGGAACAGCUUGAGGUUUUGCCGCAGUCAUGUUUGAUUUAAAGGGAGGGUGGAAUCUGUCGUUCGCUGGAUGCGGGUUUUUAGGGAUCUAUCACAUCGGUGUUGCGAGCUGUCUUCUGGAGCAAGCGCCGUAUCUGAUCCGCGGGGCUACUAAGAUCUACGGAGCCUCUGCGGGGGCUCUCACUGCAUCCGUGCUCGCUACUGAGGCAUGUUUAGAGAAGUGUUGUGAAGAUGUCAUCAAUGUUGCCAAGGAGGCGCGGAAGCGUAAUCUGGGCCCUUUGCACCCAACAUUCAACAUAGUAAAGGUGAUACGUGGAGGCCUGUAUCGCGACCUGCCGUCCAAUGCGCAUACUCUAGCCUCUGGUCGACUGUGUGUGUCACUCACACGGGUCAUGGAUGCGCAAAAUGUUCUGGUGUCGGACUUCAGCUCCAAAGAUGAACUCAUCCAGGCUCUUAUUUGUAGCUGUUUCAUUCCUGUAUAUUGUGGUUUAAUCCCUCCUGCCUUCCGUGGUGUGCGUUAUGUGGAUGGUGGAAUCAGUGAUAAUCUGCCCCAGUCGGAGCUGAAGAACACCAUCACUGUCUCUCCAUUCUCAGGAGAGAGUGAUAUCUGUCCAAAAGACAAUUCCACCAGCUUCCAUGAACUGCGUUUCACAAACACUAGCAUACAAGUCAAUCUAGACAACAUGUACAGACUGAGCAAAGCACUGUUUCCCCCAGAGCCCAAAGUGCUGGCAGAGAUGUGUCAGAGCGGGUAUAAAGACGCCUUCCGAUUUCUCCAGGAAAACAAUUUGCUACAGGCGGCAUGUCCAAGAGCAGACAUGGCUCUGAUUCAGGCCACACCCACCUGCUGCUGCCCAGGCAACAAGAAUCCAGUCGUGGUGGAAACCACAAAAGAGUGGGUGCUGCGGAGACUCCGCCUCUUCAGAAAACACCACUGGUGGUUGGAUGAACAGCUUGUCGAUAACCUGCCAACGCCCAUAAAGAAAGUGUUUUGUGACGCCUGCAGAGAAAAGCAUGGUCUUCUGGCACAGGUGACUGGUUUGCUGCCACUACGCGUGGCCUCCUACAUGCUGAUGCCGUACACGCUGCCAGUGGAAUCGGCAUACUCUGCAGCUCAGAGGUUUUGGGAGUGGAUCCCAGAAGUCCCUGCAGAUGUGCGCUGGUUUGCUGAGGUAGCAGGAGGUGUUUACAAACUGGCUUGGAAAGGUGCAGCGUCAGAGACAUGCAGUGGCGCCCCCUUGAGAAGAUGUGUGAGUGAACCGCCAAUGGUAGAUUUACAGAUCACUGACUACAAUGAACACAUACCUCAUUCUGCCAGCACCCUUGAUGGUUACAACUGGACUUUUCCAGAGGACUUUCAUGUGGCUUCUUCUGUCAACCCCCCGGACGGUCCUACCAACAACACCAGCCCCUCUUCUAGGCAGAUGGGCUUUCUAGGCUUUUUCGUUGGCUCACAAAGUAAUAAUGAGAAGCAAAUGGACCAGAGCAGAAACUUUUCAGCUUAGGAAACUAUAUACAAACAUGACUGUCAUGGUCAUGUCAAAUUUAGGUAAUGGGAGAGAUGAGCUUGAGUAGAUAAUUGCUCUGGAAUCCAGCGUCAAGAGUAAAUAUGUCAAGCACUCCUCAUGUGACAUUUUAGACAUUCUCCAGAUGUGCCUUUCUUCUCCAUUCAAAACCAAAGAAGUGUUUUGUAGUUUGAUCAGCCUGUACAUUAUGUUUUGUUGAUGUGGACAGUGUAUGUAUGUCAGAGUUUACAUUGUAAUUGGUGCUAAUACUUCUCUAAGACCUCAAAAUACUUUGAUAUGUGCCAUACAUGUCCGUGCCACAGACGUGUACAAUCAAAUAAACAGUUUGAGCCCA